GCGUGCGCCGCGGCGCUGAGGGACCCGACCGAGGACGCACUGACGGACAUCCUGCGGAGGGCGUUCGGGCACGAGAGCUUCCGCCCCGGGCAGCUCGAGGUCAUCCGACGCGUCCUGCGCGGCGGCUCCUCCCUCGCGUUGCUUCCCACAGGCGCGGGGAAAUCGCUGACGUAUCAGCUCCCCGCGCUUCUGUUCCCGGGGCUCACGCUCGUCGUGUCGCCGCUGCUCGCGCUGAUGUCGGAUCAGCUGAGGGGGCUGCCGCCGGCGCUCCCCGGCGCGGCGCUGCGAUCGGACCAGUCCUUGGACGCGCUGUUUCACACCCUGGACGAACUCCGGGCGGGAAAGUUUAAGGUGCUCUUCGUCUCGCCGGAACGGCUUCUGAACGAGCGUUUCUUGAGCGACCUGAGAACGGUCCCCGGCGGCGUCUCGCUCGCCGUCGUCGACGAAGCGCACUGCGUGUCGGAGUGGUCGCACAACUUUCGUCCGGCGUAUCAUCGCCUCGGGCGCAUUCUCCGCGCGCGCUUACGCGCGGACUGCCCCGUGCUCGCGCUCUCCGCGACGGCGACGGCGCGCACGGAGAAAUCCCUGCGCGCGCAGCUGCGCAUCCCGCGGGAGGGCGUGCACAGGAACGACGUCAUACGUCCAAACUUGAUCCUUUCCGCGAUGCGCGUUCCGUCGAACUCGAGGGAGGCGACGCUGUUACACUUCCUCGAGAGAGAGCCGAUGCACGGGAAGGGCUCCGUAAUCGUGUACACCGCGUUUCAAAACCAAGCGGAGACGGUCGCGGCGUACCUUCAAACGAGAGGCGUCGGCGCGAAAGCGUACCACGCCGGUCAAGAUCCGAGAGACCGCGCGCGGACGCAAGCGCAAUUCUUCUCCGGAUCUGUCCGCGUCGUCGUCGCGACCGUCGCGUUCGGGAUGGGCCUCGACAAGCCGGACGUCAGAGCGGUGGUGAAUUACUCCCUCCCGCGGUCGCCCGAGGCGUACAUCCAGCAGGCGGGACGCGCGGGGCGGGAUGGUUUACCCGCGCGGUGCGUCUCGUUCAUCGACCCGAGCGAUUACUGCCGGCUUCGGUCGUUAUCGUUCACCGACGGCGUCGACAAGAACGCGGUGCACAGGCUGCUAGAGACGUUAUGGGACGCCGACGCGGUCAGACGACGCUGCGCGGCGGCGACGGCGGCGGCGGCGGCGACGACGGCGGCGGCGGCGGACGUGCACGACGACGACGACGACGGCGGCGACGGCGACGACGGUCUCGUCCGCGUCUUGCCCGACAUACGAGCGACGUGCGAGCUGUCGUUCCACGGCACGCCCGCGGACGAGCUCGCGUCCCAGUGCCCGCUCGUCGCCGCGGUCCUCGCCAUCGGGGGCAAGCCGAGGCAGGGGAAGUACAGAUUCAGCGUCGCCGCCGCGGCGAGGCACAUGCGAGACGGGCUCGAGCAAGUCCAGGCGCAGCUUCAGGCGCUGAGCGCGAACGGGCAGGCGGCGUAUCGAUUGGAGGACCGCGCGGUGGGGUACGAGAUUCGCCGAGCGCCGCCGACGGAUCUGCGCCCGUUAUCCGCCGCGCUGGUGGACCACCUGACCGCGGUCGAGGCGUCCGCGGUCGCGAAGCUGGACACGGUGUACGGCGCGUUAGAACGCGCCGCGGACGCGGAAGACGACGCGUCGCAGGGCGCGUCGUUGCGGGUCGCGUUGGAAGCGUACCUCGGCGCGGGCUGCGGCGCGGGCUGCGGCGCGGACGCGGACGGCGCCGCCGCCGCCGCCGCGGUCGCCGCGGAGCCGCCCCAAGCGAUCAACACGGAGGAGCCGACGAGCCUGCGCGCGGACGCGCGCGAGCUCCUGAGCGAGCGACACGGCGCGAAAGCGGGCGGCGCGGGCAUCAUGUCCGCGAGAGCGGUCGCGAGGGUUUUGCACGGGUUGGGCUCGCCCGCGUUUCCCGCGCAGGAGUGGCGGCGGCACCGUCUGUGGGAGCGGCACGGCUCCACGGACUUCGCGCUCGUCAUGCGCGUCGCGAGCGAGGAGCUGCUC